AUGGUUGAAUUUAUACGACCCAUUGAUAAAACAACCAUUAAUCAAAUAUGUUCCGGCCAGGUUGUUCUUACUUUGGCAACAGCAGUAAAAGAAUUACUAGAGAACAGCCUUGAUGCGGGUGCCACAAGUAUUCAAAUUAAAUUAGAGGAAUAUGGUAGUAAGGUAAUUGAAGUCAUUGACAAUGGUUGCGGUGUUAACGAAGAUAAUUUCCAGGCUCUGACUUUAAAACAUCACACAUCGAAAAUUUCAGAAUUUUCAGAUAUAUAUAAUGUUAAAACUUUUGGCUUUAGAGGAGAAGCAUUAAGUUCAUUAUGUACUUUAAGUUCAGUGACCAUAACUACUCAACAUAUAAAUGCUCAGAUAGGUGCAGUUUUAAAAUUUGAUCAUAAUGGAAUUAUUAAAAGCAAUACUAAAAUUCAUAGAAAGGUAGGAACAACAGUUAGGUUAGAAAAUUUGUUUUGUACUCUUCCGAUUAGAAGAACAGAAUUUUUAAAAAAUCUUAAAAAAGAAUUUUCUAAAAUGUGCACAGUAUUGUAUGCUUAUGGACUUAUUUCCACUGGAGUAAGAAUAACUUGUACUAAUCAUGUAGUAACAAAGUCUAAAUUUCAAAAUAAAAAUGAUCAAGAUAAUUUAAAAAAGAAUUUCACAACUACAAUAAUGGAUAUCGAAGGAAAAUCCAUCGAAUUUAAUAUAAAUUCAAUUUUUGGCAUUAAAGAAAAGCAAAAUUUGUUAAAAUUUGUACAGAAAAAUCCCAGUUUAGAAACUUUAAAAGAAUUUAAUAUUGAAAGUAAAAAAUUUAAUUCCGAAUUGUAUAAAAUUGAAGGAUAUAUAAGUUCUUGCAGUCAUGGUUGUGGAAAAUCUGGUUCGAAUAGACAAUUUUACUAUAUUAAUCAGAGGCCGAUUGAUCAUCCUAAAAUUUUUAAAUUAGUUAAUGAAACAUAUCAUCAAUUUAAUUCUCAUGAAGAUCCUUUUGUUAUACUACACAUUAAAGUAGAAGAUGGUUUAUUCGAUAUUAAUUUAGUUCCUGACAAACGUCAAGUUUUAGUUCAAAAUGAAAAUUUUCUUUUGGCAACACUUAAAGAAUCUCUUCUCGACAUGUUUAAACUUAUUCCCUCUACAUUAAAAGUGAACAAUAUAGGUUUGUUAAAUAUUAAAUUCGAAAAUGAUAAAUCAUCUGAUAAAGUUAAUUGUACACAAUUGGAAAAUGAAAAAGAAAAAUUUAACUUAAAAAAAAGUGAAGAUUUGAAAAUGAAUCUUAAAAGAUUUCAAUAUUCGUCUCAAAAUUUAAACAACACAAAUAAUUCAAACAUGUCGGAAUCGAUUCCAUCAAAUAAAAUUUCAAAUAAUUUUAUUUCAAAUACCUCUUGUUCGAGUAAAGAUAUGUUCGUACAAAAAAAAUUAAAAGAUUUUCUUGUAAGUGAUUCUGCGGAUAACGAUCAACAACUAAAUGAUGUAACGGAAAAUUUAAAAACGGAAAUGACGAAAUCACCACCGAAAUCAAAACAAUUACUUUUUCCGACACAGAAUUUUUCAAAUUAUAAAAUUACGAUUGAAAAUUCAAAUGAUAACAAAAGAAAAUUAGAAGAAAAAAUAAUAAAUAAUAUUUCAAUUGAUCAAAUUAAUCAGGUAUACGAACCUAAACGAAUAAAAUAUGAUGAAAACAUCACCGGUCACGUUGCAGAAAUCAAAUCUGAAACUCUUGAAUUCGAAAAUAUUUCUAAUAACCUAGAAGAACAAGAAGAAAAAAAUGGCGGAUUAGAUAUUAAUACAGAAAAAUAUGAUGAAGGUUUAGAUAAUAAAUUCAGGAGAUCAGACAUAUUUAUUAUUGAUCAACAUGCAAGCGAUGAAAAAUAUAAUUUUGAAAUGUUAAAAUUAAAAACGGUUAUGCAAUGUCAAAAAAUGGUCAAUCCGGAAACAUUAAAUUUAACCGUCGACAAAGAAGAAUUAAUGUUAGAACAUGAAGAAAUAUUUAAAAAAAAUGGAUUCCAUUUUAUUUUUGACGAAACCCAAGUCCCGACCAAGAGAAUAAAAUUAACGAGCGUUCCAAUGAGUAAAAGUAUCGUUUUCGGUAAAAACGACGUUGAGGAAUUAUUAUUUUUGUUAGAAGAAGUCACUACUGAUAAGAUAAUUAUAAGGUAA